AUGGUCUCCUUCCGCUCGGCUCUAUUCGCAUUAGCGACUGUGUCGUUCGCCUUUGGCCACCCUGUGCGCGAGUCCCGCGAUUUGAAGAUCAUCGGGACGACCUUUUCCGCCUUGGUAAAGCGCCAAGACGCUCCGGGAUCAGAGCUACAGCUCCUCGUCGACGGAAACAAAGUCUUCAAAGAAUCCGAUCCCGAGUUGCUCAAGAAAUUGGCCGAUGAGGGCCAGGCUCCACCUUUCAUGUUCUUGGGAUGUGCCGACAGCCGAGUCAGCGAGGGAACCGUCUUUAAUGCCAAACCCGGAAUGCUCUUCACCCAAAGGAACAUUGCCAACCAGUUCCACGCGACCGAUGUCAACUCGGAGUCCGUUCUUGCUUAUGCGGUCUCAGUACUGGGUGUGAAGCAUGUCAUUGUCAUGGGUCACUAUGGAUGCGGUGGUGUCGCUGCUGCAAUCGCUUCCCGCCCCAAAGGCAACGUCGAUGCUGCCCUUUCGGCUGUGUACAACUGGAUUGAGCCAAUCAGGGAACUCUUCGCCUCCUCCAGCAGACCUGAAAUUGUCGAGCUCCGAGAGAGAAUCAAGGACCUUCCUGUCGUCGAAGAGCCUGAAAACAACGAACCUGGCUUCCGUGCUCUAGUCGAGGAGAACGUCAAGGCGACCGUCGGGCGAAUCGCACAGGACAACGUUAUCGUCAACCAUUAUGCGCUUCUCGCCGCGGCCGAUGAAUCUGGUGCAACCAACGAGCGACGCGCAGAGGGUGGCCCUGCAGGGGACGUUUUUAUUCAUGGUUGGGUCUAUGACAUCGAAAAUGGCGAGAUUAGGGAUUUGGGUGUCUCCGUUGGCCCUCCUGGAAAGGCCAUUCCACCUGUCCCUUUCGCCUCCGUUGUCAACGCCGCUGAGAAGACCACCGCAGCGCACGAGACUCCACAAAAACGUUGCGAGGAGAUGUGCAAGUCCAGGAGAAGUUUCCUACCGACAUCUCAUUAG